GAUCAUGUCUGGCAGAGGCAAGGGCGGGAAGGGGCUCGGCAAGGGGGGAGCCAAGCGCCACCGCAAGGUGCUGCGCGACAACAUCCAGGGCAUCACCAAGCCGGCCAUCCGCCGCCUGGCGCGGCGCGGCGGCGUCAAGCGCAUCUCGGGGCUCAUCUACGAGGAGACGCGCGGCGUGCUCAAGGUCUUCCUGGAGAACGUCAUCCGCGACGCCGUCACCUACACCGAGCACGCCAAGAGGAAGACGGUCACGGCCAUGGACGUGGUCUACGCGCUCAAGCGCCAGGGACGCACCCUCUACGGCUUCGGCGGCUGAAGUAAUCUGACGUUAGACUGCGCUUUUAAAACACCCCAAAGGCUCUUUUCAGAGCCACCCACGCUGUCAAUAGGAGAGCCCUUAUCACUGUUAUAAUAAUGUUCUCACUUGAAUUCGUGUACAGCUCUGUCUACUUUUAUGUCCAGGUCCGUUUUGUGCUCGGGGAAAAAGAGGGAGAAGUGAGUGGAAAACGACCGUCAGUGCACGUAGCACCCCAGGGAAACUAGAGAGGGGCAGGUCCCUGAACAAUCUGUUUAGGUUACCCCUCCCUCCCGAUGCUGAGGAUGAAACCUUUACUGGCGUUGUCCAACCCUGAACUCACCCCCUUCCCUGUCUUGGAUCCCUAAGAUCGUGAACCUCGCGAAAACUGCCUUUAGAAGAGCAGGGGACUCUAAAAAGAUGAAGCUUAGAACUUGAGUUUCCUCAAUUUCCA